AUGUAUAUUGUAGCAGGCACCAUUUUAUUCUUCUUCUUGAAUCUCUACUUUAUCUAUGUGUACGUGCAAAAUCAAUCAGAAAAUCAGCUUGGGAAGGCAGUAGCAGUGCAGCAUCAGUUGCAGUCAAGAGAAUCUCAUUCGCUCCAUCCAGGUGCAGUUACGCCUAACUCCAACUUGUACUCAUGUAACAUCACCGAUCCACUGGCUCUUAGUGCUCUCGCUCGGGUCAAGACGGAGUCAUGCAUGAAAAAGAUUAGCGAUGCUGCAUGUAGGCUGAAGAAUGGUGCCUUUCAUGAACAGUUUCCUGAGAGUCAAUGCAGCAAUCAUGACUCCUUGUUAAUUGAUCUGUCUGUUGGAUGUUUCGAGGAUUACAAAAACAACAGAUCAUUAAAUGGAUUUUCGUACGAGUUUAAGAACGAUAAUUCUGCGGAGAAGUGUCGAUCGCUUUGUUAUCGAGCUGGUUUCGUUUAUUACGGGUUGGAAUUUGGUCGCGAGUGUUUUUGUGGUGAUUCAAUAUCGAGUAAGCCUCUCAGUCAGGAGAAAUGUAACGAAUACAAAUGUAGUGGAAAUAAAACCCAAUUUUGUGGAGGAUUCAAUGCUGUUGCAGUUUUUCACACGGGCUUGAAACGAGUUCAUCAAAUGCCUAAAGCUGUUUUUGAGACAAGUUUCGAUGGUAAUUCAAAGCGGCCUCGAAUAUUGUUUUUACUACAACUGAAUGGUAGAAAUGAGCGACAGGUCAAGAGACUCCUGAAGGUACUCUAUUCUCCUUAUCAUUAUUACUAUAUUCAUGUUGAUCAACGGCAGCUUUAUAUGCUCACAGAAAUGAAAAUUGUCGCUGCGAAAAUUCCAAAUGUAUUUGUCUCGCCAGAUGCUCAUAGCACUAUAUGGGGCGGUGCUUCUUUAUUGACCAUGGUGCAAGAUGCUAUUCGUCGCUCUAUCUCCAUACCACUGCUCUCAGAUUGGGACUAUCUUAUCAACUUAUCUGAAAGCGACUUUCCAGUAAUGACGCUUGCUGAGUUUGAGGCACAGCUUCGCGCGAAUCCUGGAAAAUCUUAUAUGAGUAGUCAUGGCUAUAAUACAGCAAGAUUCAUUCAAAAACAAGGGUUUGACUUUGUUUUCAUAGAAUGUGAAAAUCAAUGCGAAAACCGUAUGUGGAGGAUCGGUAACAGGUAUCUUAACAGGAGUAAAUAUUUAGUAGUGAAAGUCUUCGACAUAGGCGAGUUUCCCCGAAAUCUCCGUGUGGACGGCGGCUCUGACUGGAUAGUUCUUCAUAGAGAAUUCGCUGAAUACUCCAUAUCUGAUGAAGAACUACCUACAAAAUUACGAGCUUUAUUCGCGAGCAUUAUAUUGCCAGUGGAAAGCUUUUUUCAUACGGUACGUCUCAAGACUAAGAUCUCCUCCAAUGUUUUUGCGACCUUCGAUAUUUUUUCAAAUUCUCGCAUCAGUCACAAGAUUUCUUUAGUAGUCUUAUUUUCUCUUCACGUCCCAUUGGUGAUAAGGCGACAAUGCACUUUUUCGGUUACCACCCCUUGCACGAAGUUUAUUUUUCAAGGCUGCCCCGUCGCAUCGAUUUGUGUAGCCUUUUCAGCCACUUUGAGCAUUUUUUGA